ACUUGUUGUAUUGAACAAGAGUGAGAAAAAUCAUCACUGUUUGUCAUUCGAAAGCCAUAGUACAUCAUAUGAUCAGUCAUUAGCUAUCGUCAAAAUGUUAAAAAAUAUUUUGGUAAUAUUGUCCCUAUUUGCAGCAGCCUAUGGCUCUGGCAAGCUUACAGUUUUAGAAAGUCCCGAACAAAUAUUAUUCAAGAAAGCAGAUAAAUUGGAUGGAAAAUACAUGGGUCAUGUGUUUAGCGCUUGUACAGGCCAUUCAAUCAGCGAAUCAGUGCCGCUGAAAAUGCGAUUCACCUCACCAUUCGAUUUAGCUGAAAACGUUUGCUUGAUUAAUAUCAAUGGCGUCAAAGAGUUUACACCACAAAAUGUUAAACCAAAAUCCGAAAUCGAUGUUUAUGGCACGGAAAAUUCGAAUGAAGUGUUUGUGAACAAACUUUAUGAGGAAGAUUCAUCAAUUGUAAACAUUAAUUUGGAUAAUGGACUUGAGACUUUAUCAACCAUGCAAGACUGGUGUGAAACACCAUUGAAACCAGAAAACUCAAAACUAUUCAAGUCAUUGAAAGGCGAGAAAAAUGUUGUAAUGGAAGCAGCUAUCGUAAUGUCAGUUUUGUCAGAAGCAACCUGCAAAAUGCCAGCUUUCUUGCAAAUUGACUGUAACAUUGAUUCGACCAAAUCACGUGACAAGGACUUGGUACCACUCUUUGAAGCAUUUGAGACAUUUGGCCAGAAAUAUCAAGAAAAUUCAAAUGGACUUGGACUUCUUGCCAUUUUCACCACCGUUGAACAACAAACACAUAAGCGAUCACGCCGUGAAGCCGGUAUUACUCCAAAAUUCGAAGACCUUAAUUUGGCUGAUUCCUAUUCAGAAGAUUAUCCAGUCAUUUUCAACAUCAUUUUAUGGUUUGGUGUAUUGAUUGCCUUCUCAAUGUUGGCCAUUUGCUAUGCCAUUGCCACAAUGGAUCCAGGUCGGGACUCCAUUAUUUAUAGAAUGACAUCAACUCGAAUGAAGAAAGACAAUUAAGCUUACCAACAAUAAAACGAAGAGUCGGCGUCGAACGACAAACUUCAGUUGCAAGUGUAAAUGCAUUGCAUUUGUAUUAUAAUUAAAACGGGGGACGAUGAUCAAUUGGAAUUUUCAUAGUCAAUGUACUUUAGAAAUAGAAUCUUUUUUUUCUUGGAAAACAUAUAUAUGCAUAUAAAUCAUGAUUUCCUCCCUCGUUUCAUUCUAUAUCAAAAUUCCUAAAAUGUAUAAACAAGAUCUUAGGAUGAAAAAAAAUUAACUUAAAAUCAACCAAUAUUGAGACCUAAGAGUUCAGUGCAUAUUUUAAAAGAAAGCAACAUAGUAUUAUUUGAUAAAUUGUUAGUAGCCGAGGAAUAACCGAGUUUUUUUUUUCAAUUUUUGUUCACCGUUUUUUUUGCUCUUGUUCCAUUUGGAAGAGAUGAAAAAUUUCAUAAGAUUCACAAGCAUAAUACGCACACACACACACACAUACCAACACCGCAUGACCAUGCAAUCUGUUGUGCAAUCCGAAAGAAAACAUGAACCUCGAUUAGAUAAGAAUAACGAAUGUAAAUUGAACAAAAAUGUUAAAAUACAAAUAUUUACGAAUGUAAUGAAAGAAAUAAAAAACUAUAUCCCAAUGAUUUCAUGUGAUUCGAGCUAUGAGAUGAAUGAAGCAUUUCAAGUGUGUAAUUUUACGUCAGUUGGGUCACUUGAUUUGGCCUUCAUUUAAUUUGCAUCUCAAGCGUUAAAAUCUGUAUAGAAAACACUUUAUUUAAGGAAUGUAAAAAUGGUAUGUGUUGAAAACGAAUAAAAUAAACUGCAUUCGGUAAUAACAAUA